CGGUGGAGGUGGAAGCGGAAGCGGAAAUGGACAAGGUGGUGGUAAUGGGGGUGGAAGUGGUGCUGGAACUUGUCCUGCUCAUACUAUCUUCGUUACUGUUACCCCUGCUAGUCUUCCCACUGUCAUCUCUACGGUCGUUUCUACUGUUGUUUCUACUGUCAUCCCUGGUCAAGGUGGCCCUGGUGGCUUUGGUUCGAGUUCUGGCACCAAUGUCUUCCACUCUCCUACUUCCCCUGUGGCUUGGUCUCCGUCUAGAACCAUCACUAUUCCUUGUUCUACUGAAUUGUCUGGCACUGUUCCCUUGUCUACGGAAUUCCUCACUAUCACUCUGCCUCCAGCUCCUAGUAACACAGUAUCCGGUGUUCCCAUUACUUACACGAUUGUCAGCCCAGGUGGUGGCGCAGGUGGACAAGGUGGACAAGGUGGACAAUCGACUGGAGGUAUACCUGGUGUCUCAACUAUUCCUCCAGGCCCAUUUGGUGUCUCUUCUUCCCCAGGCCAAUCCCCUGCCAUUUAUACUGAGACUCUCUCUGGAGGCGUCGGAAAUACUCCUUUCGCUACUAUCACAAUUACAGCACCUGGAGGAUCACCAAGUGGUGCUGGUCAGGGAGGACCGAACGGCCCAGAAAGUUCAGAGACGAUCGUUGUUGUCUUCCCCUCACAGACUGCAGGAAGUCCCGGAGGUUCUGGCUCGGGUUCUGGCUCGGGUUCUGGAUCUGGAUCUGGAUCUGGAUCAGGCUCAGGCUCAGGCUCAGGCUCUGGAAGUGGUCCGAAUGGCCAAGGAAUUUCACAAACAACUGCUACUACAACCCCUUGUGAAUCUACUGGCACUCCCGGUAGUUCUGGAUCCGAAACUGGCCCAGGCGCUGGCGGUCAAGGAAUCCCUUCUGAGACCACUAUUUGGGCUGCGCCUUCCGAGUCUGGUAGCGGUUCCGGAGGUGCAGGUGGCCAAGGCAUCCCACCGAGUAUCACUUUGACUGCACCAGGCCAAUUACCAAGCAACUCUGCCGGCGGAUCUGGCCCUGGAAGUCCUGGGGGCUCUGGUAGCCAUAGCAUUCUCGAAACAGUUACCGUGACCUUGCCCGGAGUAUCUGGUGGCCCAAGCUUUCUUGAAACUCUUACUAUCACUGCACCUGGAGUUUCGCCAAGUAGCCCUGGAGGUGGUUCUGGAGGCUCUGGAGGUCCCGGGGGAUCUGGAAGCCCUGGUGGUGCAGGUGGGCAAGGUAUCCCGCAGACCAUUACAGUAACGGUUCCGAGCGGAUUGUCUGGCAGCCCUGAAACAACUCCAUGCCCAGAAGGAAGUGGAUCCGGCUCUUCAAACCCUAAUGUUGUUACAGUUACCGGCACUGGCAAUGCUCCCGGCGGCGGCGCUGGAGGUCCGGGCGGGCAAGGUCUCCCUCCGAC